GUAGUCGGAAAACUUUCGUGUUUAAACUCGGGCCUUUAUCACUGCUCUCACUGUAGUCCUAGACAGCAACACAGCUUCAGAGGCUGCAAGGUCGCGAAAUGCCUGCUGCAAUUAGUCAAGAUAAGUUUGGCCAGACUAAAGACGGCAGAUGUGUAACAAGAUACACACUGAGCAGCACCAGUGGAAGUCUGGUUGUUCGCAUUCUGGACUAUGGGGGUGUCAUUACAGAGAUUAAUGUCCCUGACCGCAAUGGCAAAGUCUCAGAUGUUAAUCUUGGGCUGGAUGAUAUGGCAGGCUAUGAGACCAAAAGUCGCUUUUUUGGGGCUUUGAUCGGGCGUGUGGCAAAUCGCAUCGCCGGAGGCAAGUUUGUCCUGGAGGGUCAGACGUACCAACUGUUUCUCAACAAUGGACCCAACAGUCUUCACGGAGGCCAAGUUGGAUUUGACAAGAAAAUCUGGAAUGCACGUGUGGAUGGAGACCAGUUGGUUCUUCAGUACACCAGCCCUGAUGGGGAAGAAAACUAUCCAGGGGAGCUAACCACAACUGUACGGUACAGGGUGUCAGACGAUGAUGAGUUAUGGAUAACUUACGAGGCUACAACUACAACAACACCUGUGAAUCUUACAAACCAUGCUUACUUCAACUUGGCUGGACAUGAAGCAGGGACCCUUGAUGACAGUGUCGUCACCAUUGCCGCUGAUACCUUUACGGUUGUUGAUGAGAAUUCAAUCCCUACAGGAGAAAUUCGUCCAGUGGAAGGCACUGAAUGGGAUCUGAGAAAGCCAGUACGACUGGGUGAUCGUUUACUGCAGGUACCUGGUGGAAGGGGAUUUGACCACAACUUUUGUCUGACUGGAGGCUCUAGUCGUGAACCUAAGUUUGCUGCCAGGGUUGAGCAUCCACCCUCAGGUAGAUUUAUGGAGUGCAAGACCACAGAGCCAGGUCUGCAGUUUUACACUGGUGUCAAUCUGAAUGUGCCGGGUGCCAAAGGAGGAGGUUAUCAAAAGUUUGGAGCCUUCUGCUUAGAGGCUCAGCAUUAUCCAGACAGCAUUAAUCAACCUUCGUUCCCGAAUACUGUGCUAAGACCAGGUGAAACAUAUCACCAAACAACUGUUUACAAAUUUGGAGCUGCUUAAUGCUAGGAAUCUGUCAGUACUUAAAAUUUAGUAUUUUUAUGCGGGAAAAUAUAUUAAUAUAUACUUUUCUUCAUGUUGAUAACAGUCUAAUGUAAGCAGAUUUUUUUGAUAGCUUCAUUGGUAUAAUAAUAGUAAUGGCAUUUUUUACAUUCCCUUUUUUUCUCUUAAUGUGCAUCAGGAUGAGUCAGGCUUCAUUCGUCGGUUCAUCGGAGGCCGAUGGUAGUCAUGAGCACAAUAAACUAACAAGGGUGGGAGUGCGUGUGGAUGUGCGAUGUGAGCUUCAGUGUGAAGCUUACGUGAGACGGCGGGUGUGUGCAGGGUAGGACACUGGUCUCGGGUGCUGCUCGUCUCUGUUUUAGCGGCCAUGACGUGUCUGGCGUCGGCACAAGGGUUCUUUGGGUGAGGGUGCUUGCCCAGGAUGGGCGGGUGAGGACAAAGGCCUCCCUCCCACUUUGCAGUGUCAAUGCCCAGUUCUUUGAGAAUGGCGUUGGGGAUGUCUUUGUAACAUUUUUUUAGGCCUUCGACUGUGCGCCUGUUUUUCUUUUGAGCCCUAUAUUUCCUGUGAUUGAUGUUAAUAUUAAAAAUAAACUGAUCUUAGGAGAGAACAUGUUA